GACAGGGAGCUAGUUGUGAGGGAGGAUGAAUGUAUGGUUGUCUAAUGGGUAAUGACUAGAUAGUGCUACCUUGAAACAUAUAAGGUUGGAAGUUAGGAAGAAGGUAGCAUUAUGAAUGUCAUCAAUAGGUGUAGAUAUCAAGCACAAAUGCCAACAGAAUGAUAAGAAAGUAAAGGGUAGAGGUACAAAAAAAACAUGUAUCAAGCAUGGUUUUAAGGCAUAUUUGAGAAAUGUAGACAUCAAAACUAAGGGGGCAGCUUGCAAAGUAUGUCGUCAUAAGAGUAAUGGAAUAAAGAUAACUAAUCUAAAAUAUGAUGGAGAUGAACUCAAAAAUGCAUAUGGGUCUUUACUUACCGAUAAACAUGAGACUAUCACUGAGCUUUCAGUCUUCUAUAGCAGAACCUAUGACAGCAAUAAUGACAUCAUAAAGAAGCCUCUUCUACUUAGAAUCAAAGACAAUAGUACAUACCACUGGUAUUCCAACGCAGACGCAGAUGAUACUGAAGAAGACGAACAAAGUUUGGAACCUAAAGCACCUGCAAAUACUAGAUGGAAGAAUAUUGAUGGUAGCAAAUUUUACAAUGGAGCUCAAGCACAGAAAGAUUUUAAAAAUGCAUUAGACAAGCUCACCUGCAAACUCCACGCACCUCAUUAUGUUGAUAUUUUUCAGAACAGUGAUGUUGAGAAAAAAUACUCUUGUCCUGUCUGUGGAAGAUACGAUAUCACAGUUUCUGAAGAGAAGAACAGUGUUCCUGGAUAUAAAAAGUACAAGCAUUCGUACAAUGCUGAUGUAAAAUCCGUUAAAUACAAAGAUGUUGUUCUUAAAUUGAAAGAUUAUGAGGACGGACCCAUGCCACUUAGUGAGGAGAUUAAAAAUCUUACAGUAUAUUAUUGGAAGGAAGAUAAGAAGCAUACAAAGCCUCUUGUGAUGGAAGUUGGUGUUUUUAGUAGCGGCCUAGUGCCUCUUGGUAAUGAUGGGAAUCUAAGUGACAACGACAACACCAAGUGGAGUAUGAUAAUACCUGAAACUCCUCCUGAUAAUGGUUUGCUAGAACUUUCUGAAAAAGAACUUCCGCUCAAGCUUCAAGAGCAUAAGUGUAAACUCUUCCAAACAGUAGAGAUAAAUGUCUCAGUAAAGACUGGAAAUUAUGAAAAUAAGUACUGUAAAGAGGUGAUAAAGAAAGAAAAGUGCACAAAUGAAAACUCUCAUAAGGAAGUACAAGUUACUGGUUACAAUGGUCAUGUACCAACCGGAUACGGAGCCUUUAGGCACACCUAUAAGAAUGAUGGAGAGACCAAGACAUUUACUAUAACUGAUUUCAAAGGUGGUCCCAAGGUAUCCUUUCCGAUAUGGGAGGUCACAGAACUAGUUGUCUUCUUUGCCUCUUGCACUGAUCCUAAUGAUAAUGCUACCAAAACACCUCUUCUGGUCUAUGUGGGCAGUGAUGAUGGAAAGACUCAUAAGUGGUACGGUAGAUCGAAUAAUGAAGAAGAGUGGCAAGAAGAGUACAGGUAUGUUAACCUAAAUAGAAAAUCACCACAAGAAGCUUAUUCUAAGGGUGCUCUUAAAAAAUUUCUAGAUGACAUUAUGGAGAAUCUAGGACUUCAAUGUCCAGAAGAUAAGAAAGUAGAGGAGAUACAACCACAACAAGAACUAGGACAAACACGAUCUGGGGAAACUGAAGAAGAAGAAGAAGAAGAGGAUAAAACUCAUGCUGAAGAAGUUAAAGCUAAAUCUGCAGAACUAGAAGCUCCCAUUCAAAAACUUCAAGAUGAAUCUCUUGAAAAAACUACUGAAGUUCCAGCAGCUGACUUAUCUGACCAGGUUCCUGAUACUGAGUCUGAGACUAAGAUUCUCCUACAAGAAACUGAUAGAAGUGAUGCUGAUAAAACUGAAGUAGGCCUUGGUGGAGCUGCUCCUCCUGGUUCUGUUCCUGCUCCAACUACUCCACCUCUUCCUAAAACUGAAGUUAAAGAAAACAAAGGAGAUACUGAUUCUCAUGGUGAAAAAGGUGCUCCUGGACUAUGUGGUUAUAGGGGUAUUACUGCUCUUCCUGGAGGAACUUAUUCUGCUUAUCAAUACUUACCUGGAGAAUCAGGCUCUAUUGAUCGAUCCUCAUCUAGACUUUCCGGUUCUGCUGGUAAACAUGAACAGGGUGAUAAAGGAGAAGCAGGUCCACCUGCUAUUAAAAAACCUGAAGUUGAAGGAGGCCCUGGUAAGGGGACUAUAAGUUUUGGUUCGUCAUGGUAUGAUGGUUUUGAUUUUAAAAACUUAAUUGGAAGAGCAACUCCUAAACCUACUACUGAAACACAAACUAUUCAAGCUUUAGUUCACCAUUUUGCUCAACAAUCCUCAGUCUCUGGUCUUGGCCCUCCUCAACCAUAUUCUCCUGGUUCUAAUCCUCCUGAAAUUAUUAAGACUACCAUCUCUGUAACUACGGGUAUUCUUGGCACUUCUGCCUUGGCUUGUUUUGUAGGAUGGAAACUUUAUAAUCGUUCUAAGGGAGAUCCUUGGGUACGACAGAUUUAG